AUGACACAAACAGCAACAACAACAACCUCGUCUGAAACAACCUCGGCCGAAACAACCUCUUCUACAUCUUCACCGUCCUCACAUUCGGGCCCAAAGGCUCAGGCUCAGGCCCGGACCAAGAGGCCCAGAGACUGCAGCAAGCACCCGGUGUACCACGGUGUGCGGAAGCGGAAUUGGGGCAAAUGGGUGUCCGAAAUCCGCGAGCCGCGCAAGAAGUCCCGCAUCUGGCUCGGAACCUUCGCCACCCCGGAAAUGGCGGCGCGGGCUCAUGACGUGGCGGCGCUCAGCAUCAAGGGCCAAUCCGCAAUCCUCAACUUCCCCGAAAUCGCAGACCUGCUCCCCCGUCCCCUCACGUGCUCCCCACGCGACAUUCAAGCCGCCGCCAGCGCCGCCGCCUCGAUGUCUAAAUUCGACCGCGCGACACAAUCGUCGGACUCGGAAACGGAAACUUCGCAUGAAUCCGAACUGAGCGAGAUAGUGGAGCUGCCGAACAUCGAAGACAGCUUCGAGUCCUGCGUGGACUCGUUCGUGAUGGUCGACGUUGUUGACAGUUGGGUGUUUCCGCCAUUGGAGUCGUUCUGUGCGGAGGAGUUAUUUCUGCAACAGAGUUUCAACGAGUCUUGUUCUGAAACACUAUUACCCAUUUGGGAUUGA